CGGAAAAGUCUAAAUGGAAUCAUUGGGACGUCCCAACUCUGACGUCACCCUGAUGAAGUUGACGUUUUAAACGCUUAAUGUACGAGUUAAGGUAGGGUUAAGGUUUGGUAAGGGUUAUGGUAAUGGUAAUGGUAAUGGUAAGGGCUAUUCUUAUGGUUAGGGUUAGGGUAGGGGUUAAGGUUAGGGUUUAGGGACGUCCCAAGGAUCCAAGAUAGCACUAACCGUAGUAACGCUCUGCAGCAGCUGACACUUCUGUAGUCGGGAGUGAAUGCACAUUUUACAGUCUGUGGUCGCUAAGAAGCUAGCUCAGCAGCAGCAUCAUGGCGGAGCAAGGCGAAUCUCCGGCUCCUGUCCAGAAUCCGCAACCAGUGCUGACAACGAGCUGGCCAAUUACCAGGGAGUCGUACGAGUUACAGGAAGUCAUAGGCAGUGGGGCCACAGCCGUAGUGCAGGCUGCCCUCUGCACCCCCAGACAGGAACGCGUGGCCAUAAAGAGAAUCAACUUGGAAAAAUGCCAGACCAGCAUGGAUGAGCUAUUGAAAGAAAUUCAAGCCAUGAGCCAAUGCAACCAUCCAAAUGUUGUCACCUACUACACCUCAUUUGUGGUAAAGGAUGAACUUUGGUUAGUCAUGAAACUUCUGAGUGGAGGAUCCAUGUUGGAUAUAAUAAAGCAUACCUUUAGCAGAGGAGAGCACAAAAAUGGAGUUCUAGAUGAGCUCAUCAUUGCAACCAUACUAAAAGAGGUCCUUGAGGGGCUGGACUACCUGCAUAGAAAUGGACAGAUUCACAGGGAUGUGAAGGCUGGGAACAUUCUGUUGGGAGAGGACGGAUCUGUUCAGAUUGCAGAUUUUGGAGUUAGUGCCUUUUUGGCCACUGGAGGAGAUAUGACCAGAAACAAAGUACGGAAGACUUUUGUGGGCACACCAUGUUGGAUGGCCCCUGAGGUGAUGGAACAGGUACGAGGCUAUGACUUCAAAGCAGACAUUUGGAGUUUUGGAAUCACUGCCAUAGAGUUGGCCACAGGGUCUGCACCUUACCACCGAUACCCACCCAUGAAGGUCUUAAUGCUGACCUUACAGAACGAUCCUCCCACCCUAGACACGGGUGUGGAGGACAAAGAGAUGCUGAAAAAAUAUGGGAAAUCGUUUAGGAAGCUAAUAACCCUGUGCCUUCAGAAGGAGCCCGCCAAGAGGCCUACAGCAGCAGAACUUUUGAAAUGUAAAUUUUUCCAGAAAGCCAAGAACAGAGAAUAUCUGAUCGAAAAGCUGCUAUGCAGAGCCCCGAACAUAACCCAGAGAGCCAAAAGGGUGAGGAGAGUUCCAGGGUCCAGCGGCCACCUGCACAAGAUGGAGGACGGAGACUGGGAGUGGAGCGAUGACGAGCUUGAUGUAGGGAGUGAGGAGGGCAAGGCUGCUGUCAAUCAAGGCAGGUCGCGAAGGCUCAGAGAGGACAACGAAGAAGAGGGCGAAGAUGAUGAGGAGAAUGCCAAUAGUGUUCCCAUGGAAGGGCUAUCCAUUCAGCAUCCCCAGGUGCAACCGUUUGAGAAGAACACAGGGCCCUAUAUUCAAGUUGCUCUGAAUAUGGUCCUAAGGCUAAGGAACUCCAGGAAGGAGCUGAAUGACAUCCGCUUUGAGUUCACUCCUGGCCGAGACACGGCUACUGGGGUUUCCCAGGAACUGUUCUCAGCUGGUCUUGUCAAUGGACACGAUGUUGCUGCCGUUGCGGCUAACCUUCAGAAGAUUGUAGAUGACCCGACCACCUACAAAGUGUUGACCUUUAAACUGGUUUCUGGCUGUGAUGACACUGAGAUCGCAGAUGACGUGAAGCUGAUUGGCUUCGCCCAGCUAAGUGUUAGCUGAUGCUCCCCUCAUCAUGGCCAAAGCGGUUGAGAUGGAGGAGGUGGGUCAGAGCAGACAGACAGACAGACCGAGAAGCACCAGACACACCCCUUUCUCCCUUUCUUCCAUUCUCCCCUCCCUGCCCUGAUGCCCAGCUCUGUCACAGUUCAGCUAGCCCCCCUUCCCCGACGACAUUCCACCGCCAAGAACCCCCACCCAGGCCAGACCAGUGGACGGACCAGGAUUCAGCCCAGGAAACUAAAGAUGUACACAGGCGGUAGUAGCUGAGGAUAAAACAAAGUGGCUUAGGAGUUGUUGUUUUUUAAGUUUUUUUUUUAUCAUGGUACCUCUGCUUUCAGCGAAACUCUUACUAUUAUUUAUUACAUUGAGAAUGCCUUUUAUUUGUUUCUCACUGUUGUGUUUUCACAGUGAAAAAUAUAUUCUUCAACUUCCAUUUCACACCACUCAUUUGAGAUAAAGAAAUGUUCCUCAGCGGUCUGUAUUGUAGUCCCUGUUCAGAAUGUACGAUUUAUUUUAUUGACGGAGAAAAAAAAGCACAUUUUCGUGAUAAACAUAAUGAAUGUUUUAAAAGGAAUUAACUGUACUGUGUAUAGAUGAUAGUAAACCAAUACAUUUAUGGGACCCAUUUUCGGUGAAAGUGACGGAAGCCUGCUGACGUGUAAAAUGUGCUGCUUCUUCAUAAGACAGUGUUGAUGCUUAAAAAUGCUAGAGGUGCCUUGUUCAUUGAUCUGUGCCUAAGAACGUAGGUAAUGUGUGAGACCGCGAACAGCAGAACUUUGUUUGUUUUGGACCAUUUCACAAACAUACAUGCCUAUAUUCCAGCAGUGAUACAACUCAAUGGUAGUAUUUUCUCAAGUCAAUAGUUAAGGACAAGCUACAAUGCACUUUUGGGGCAGAUUAUAUGCACCUGACAAAACAAUGCUUAGCCCUGGGAGACUUGUGUUAUGAAUUGUAAUGAGAAUUUAACCUGUAUUCUUUGUCAUUACAUAAUGGUGAUUUGAACCAUAACCCAAACCUUAAUUCUGUAAUAUGCUUCAGUUAAUGUGUUUUCCCGAAGCCAAAUUAAUUGAUAAAAUCUUGAAAAACUCAGUUUCUUGCUCUGACUUACUGCACUACAAGAUGUUUUUUCUGACAUAUUAUUCUCUGAAAUGUACCGUAUAACAAUGCAUCCGCAAACGAAACCCAAAGGAAACUAUUAAAAUGUUGAUGAGCCAUUCAUUUGUCCAAAACAAGUACAGUAGCUCUAAAUUAUUUUCUAAAGUAUUGAAAUUGGUAAACAAAUAUUAACUUGUUCUAAAUACUUUAUUUCAAGAGGUAAGUUAUUGUGUUUUCUAUGUACAGUAGUUGUAUCAUUUACGCAUAUUAUCUUUGUUCUGUAAUCGGCUGAUUAAAAACAUUUCUGCAGAGGAGCAACAAAUGAAUUGCUAUUAUUAAAACUAAAGUUGUGUUGA